ACGCGUCUUCUUAUGUUGUUCCAACUUUCAAAUUCUCUGUGUCUAAUUAAGAGAAUAUCCUCGUUCGAAAGGUCGCAAAAAAAGGCACUUUUCUGACAUUUUUUGUUGAGAAACAAGAUAACAUCAAAUUUUGCAUAUAUUUUAUGUUUUAUUUUAGAAAUAUAUUUUUAUUUUCUAAACGACAUGAACGCUCUACUUCCGUAUGCUAUAUCCUGGUUACUAAAAGCUCACAUAGGAAGGUGCGAGUGAUUCUGAUUCUAUCUGAAAUGCAAAAAAUAAAAAAUGUUCUUAUUCAGAAGUAUAACUAUCGUUUGAACUAGAAUUAAACCAAUAUUAUCAUUUUAGACAAAAUCUUAUCUUAUCUUAAUGGCAGUCUUACUUUCUGUUACAAAAUUUUACUAUUUCCUCAGAAUGUUGUUAGUGUCUUAAUAAAAAAAAUGUACAUCUGUUCUAAUUCAGACGAUUAGCCACAUUUCUUUUGAAUAAGAAAAUUUCACGUUCUUGCACGUUUCAGAUAUCUAAGAGAAAUACAAUCGCUUACACUGUCCGUAUGCAUUUUUUGCGAGCUCCUAACGACGAGGAUAUGUAAGAUACAAAAGAAGAACGUUUCCCUCUCACUUAGACAGUAAAAUAAGAUGAAAAAAGAAUACGCAAAGUUUGACGUUCUUUGACUUUUGUUUCCCUGUAAAAAAAUUCGGGAAAAAUACCCUUUCUCUUGCGACUUCUCAAGCCAGAAUACCCCUUAAAGCGCGCGAUUAAUUUCGACUUGAAAUUCAGCCGGAAAGUCCGCGCCUUUACGUGCGUUCCGAUCGUGGGAUUUCACAUCGAUCUUCGUGGCGUGUCUCUCCUUUUUUUCCACGACUCUCUGUCACAUACAUCUCUUUUAUCGCAUCUCGCGGUCGGUCUUAUGCGAAUUGUGUCGACGCUCAUUUCGUGCCGAUGACUCGCCGCGCGCUAUUCGACACUCCCCGAGCUAUUGGCCAAUCCCAAGUUCAGUUGGUUAAAAAUAACCGGAGCUUGUAAACAAAUCGCGUGGCGUAUUAUUAAUGUCGCGUUUAUGUGUGCGUCAACGCUUCUCGCCUCUGCAGUCGCAGAAAAAUCGCGCGCUCUAGCAGCCGCGUCGCGCGUCACUGCUUUGCGCGUUUCUGUGUCUCGGCUUUCGAUAAUUACAAAGUGAUUGUGCUCGUCGACAAUACCAGUCGACUGAGCGUUCGUUGACUGGCAGACGCUUACGCUCAUCGGCACAAUCGUGACUACUCUUUAUCUGGAAAAUCGUUCACAGAGUGCUUCCCACCUCCUCCGUUUUCCAUUUGCCCGGCCGAGCGUUCCAAGCUGCACGAUGAUCACCCAAGUGAGGCUCUGGUGGAAGUAUCUCCAGGCCGGCGACAAGAAAGGUGUGCUCGCGGGCUUGGCGGCGCACACGGGUCAGAUCUCCGUGGGACUGUCCCAGGGAUACAGCGCGAUCCUGUUGCCGAAGCUCUUCGAGACCGACUUCGCCGACCAGUCGCAGGCCUCCUGGAUCGCUUCCCUCGGCGUCGUGUCGAAUCCCCUCGGCGCCCUCGUCGCCGGGCUCUGCGCCGAAUGCCUCGGCCGUAGAUUCGCGAUCGUCCUGGCCACGCUGCCGCACGUCGCCGGCUGGCUGCUGAUCGCGCUAUCGAAGAACGUGCCGAUGUUGUACGCCGGCAGAUUCGUCAGCGGCAUCGGCACUGGGAUGGCCAACGGACUUUAUCUCUACGUCAGCGAGACGGCAGCGCCGGACCAGAGAGCUUGGCUCGCGAGCUGCGGGCCAAUUCUGGUCUCGUUGGGCGUGCUGAUGGUGUACACGCUGGGUGCUAUCACCACGUGGCAGAGGACAGCCGCCAUCAGCGUCGGACCCGCGAUCUUGUCGCUCGCGUUAACUCGAAUGCUGCCAGAAACCCCGGUUUGGCUGGCAGCGAGAGGUCGAACGGCUGAGGCCAAGGAGGCCCUUCUGUGGCUACGUGGUCCUGGAUUCAACACCGACAAGGAAUAUCAGGAGCUCUGCGAGACGAACUUGAAGCGGAAGGAGAAGAAGGAGAGCCUGCUGCGGGCGCUGCACAUGCCCAACGUGUGGAAACCGUUCCUGAUACUCCUCGCUUUCUUCGCUCUCCAACAACUAUCGGGCAUCUAUGUAAUCCUCUUUUACGUCGUGAAUAUGCUUAAAGACACCGGCAUAGACGUCAACGAAUACGCGGCCAGCGUCGGCGUAGGUGUCAUCAGGUUGUUCGCGUCGAUUCUCGGCGCUGGGCUGGCCAACAACAUCGGCAGAAAGACCUUGGCCUUCGUCAGCGGAUUCGGAAUGGCCAUCGCGGCCGCGGGAGUCGCUCUUUCCUCCAGCUCCUUCCUUCCGUCGUGGGUGCCUUUAUUGUGCAUCGGGACUCACGUGGGCGCGUCCAUGAUCGGUUUCCUCACGUUGCCCUGGGUGAUGACCUCGGAGUUGUAUCCGCUGAGGUUCCGUGGAAGUUUAGGCGGCUUGACGACCAGCAUCGGGCAGAUGCUGACGUUCGUCGCGAUCAAGACGUAUCCGGACCUGAACACGAUCGUCGGUCUGGAGUUCACGAUGUGGAUAUUCGCCGCGGCCGGCCUGCUAGGUGCCACUUUCGCCGUGACGAUGUUACCGGAGACCCGAGGACGCAGUCUGGACGACAUCGAGAUGAAGUUCGCCAACAAGACGAGCGGCGACGAAUCGGACACCAGCAGGAUCUUCUCCAACGUGUGGUCGCAGCCGAAAAAUAUCACUCUCCAGAGAUUCGUGUCGAUCUCGGAGGAGAAGCAAUCGAAUAUCGUCGCGAACGCGUACGCUUACGACAACUUUUGCCUGGAAUUGUCGGCGGAGAAUCUGGAGAAGGGUGUAAAAAAUCCCGAAAAACAAUCGGAUCAAUGUGUGAUAAACAAUGUCGCGCUCGAGCGCAUGUGCCUUUAGCGGAAAAUUUGAGAAAACUUCGAAGCGGACACAACAUUGAAAUAACAGUGAUGAUCUUUAUGUGAAUUUACAACACCAGCUUGUCUCGAGCAAGCUUAUUUAUUUAUUUUAUACAGUCAAUAAGCGGAGUAUGCAAUCAAUUCCGUCGAUCGAUGAUUGUAAUUAGUAUCGAUUACGAAGAUAUUACUUCGCGUUUGUCGUCGCCAAAUGUUUCUUCAGUAUUACGGACAUUCCCAAUGACGCGGUUUCCAACGCAGAUUGACGUGAGUUCUUUAUAAUAGUUAUCUCACACACACACAACAACAUAUGUACUCUUAUCAAUUUCAUACACAACAAAAUAUUUUCUUACUCUAAUUAUCUCAGGCUCGUUUCCAUCAACGUCUUAAAACGUCGAAUAAAUCUUAACUCUAGCUUAAGUCUUUGGUGAAAAUCGGGCGUUAAUGUUACAAGUUUAUUUGUAACUACGCGUUCUCCAGGAUAGACGGAGAGAACUCUUGUAAAUAUAUUUCGUAAUAACUUGUAAAUAGCGAUUAUAUACAUAUGUAACAUUUGUUACGUAUUUUAAUUAAUAAUACGCAUCUUUUGUAAAAUGCAUCGUGCGAACUUUGUAUUGUAUUGCAUAAAUAAUGAAUAGUCGAGAGCGA